AUGGAAGUCGACUUUGUGAAUGCGCAGGGUCAGGACAACUGUGGUCUUUUGUUCGACCAGGGGGGAGAAGCGGUACGCGAAGCGCCGGGUGAUGCAGCAGGUGAAGAGUUGGAAAAACCGCUAGCAGAAUCGAUCAUUGUGGAAGGAGUAAAAGAAUGCUGCGUUGGGGCGGAUGGUGAAAAGGACUGCGCGGAGAGCAAACCCCACAGCGUACCAGACGCGAAAGAACCGGAUUCCUCCCCAACGAAGAAACCAAUUUGCGAGAAAGAGCAAUUGGAGGUAAGCCGAGAAGGCGCUGAUGUGCAUGCAGUAAAGAUAAAGGUUCAAGACAGUGAAGAGGCAAGGGAAGAAGCCGCAUGCAGAGGGAAGAGUCUACAUGGAGAAAAGAACGAAUUGCCACAGUUAGGUGAAGCUAACGUAGAGUGGAGGAGCACCAUUGCGGGAAGAAACACAAACCAGAGGAGACGCUUAACCCCAAACAGACAAGGAGAAGCAGAACGAAUCAACCAACUGUACAGGAACUCCAAGAGCACCAACAUAAAUUUAUAUAAACGUAUGUACCAGUCAUACCUCCUUCUCCGGAAGGAACAGAACGAACUCUUAGCUCAGAAUAGAAGAAAAGAGGAAAGGAAUAUGAAGUUGAAGUAUGAAUUAGAUAGCUUAAGAGGCAACAGCUAUUAUGCUAAUUUUUUUUUUAAUAAUGACUCAGACAAUCUGUUCGGGGACCUCGCGUCAGGCAUAAGUAACAUUUGGAAGUGGAUGGACAUGGAGGGUAAAAGUGCCCACGUGAAAAACGCGCAAAAGGGUGAAGUUGGACCAACCACACAGGUCCAUCACUCGGGGGGAGUAUCACCCCCUAGAGGAGGAGACCCACAAGCGGGAUACGAAGCGACAACCGAAGCGGUGCACAAAGGGGAAUGCGCUAAUGCACAAAAUGAUGUGCCAGCGGAAGGUAGUGCGGCAGGUGGCACUUCUUGUCAGGGGGUUGUUGCCCCGAGUGAGGAUCGCCCUGAUGAACACUCACAAGAGUAUGAACCGGCGAAGGAUACCCCCCCAAAUGGAGUACAGCUCAGUGAAGUACAACCCGCGGGGAGCUGCCCGAUGGAGAAUGAAGACAGGACGAACACAAUAAGUGAAGCUCGAAUGGAAAGCCCCUCUCGCAUUAAUGAGACUAAGGUGACCCGAAUGAUGGAGGGAAUUCCCUCUCAUGGGAAGAACACCCAACAAGCAGCAACCACGCACAAUGGAGGCCAAAAAAAAAGAGUCCAUUUUGUAAAGGGGGUGUAUAAGCAUCUACAGAGAAAUGACGCAAACGAGGUGAACCUCCCCCCAUCUCACAACUCCUCUUUGCAAAAUGAAAAAAUUGAAAACAAAAAUUCAUUUCUGUGGGAAAAGGAGAGUCGGCCAGUGAAGCGGGGAUGUGUGAAGUAUGGUCAGCUGCAGAAUCGAUUUACAGACCAGGAGAGGAGUUCUUUACGAGUGGACAGAGAGCCAGGUGCCUUCACGUCCAUGGAAUGCCCCAAGGAUAACAUCAUUAAUUACAUUAAAGGCAGACUCUCUGUUGGUGGCAGGACCCAUGGGAAGGCAGCUGUAGCAAGCGGCCAAAAACCAGCCAUGAGUGUGCAACGUACUUGGAUGAGACACAGUGGUGGUCCGAACAAGAGGAUCAUUAAGGAAGAAGAAAAAUUGCUCUUUCACAUUUGUAAUUGUAAAGAAAAUAAAUACGUCCCCUUAAACGUUGGUUCCUUUUUUAUGGUCCCUCCAAAGAGGGCUGUCCCAGAUGAGGACUUCAGCUUGAGGUGUCUAGAGAAAUGUAUGGACUUUAUUUUGCGCCGGAAGGAGAGGGGCAACCACAGCGAGAUACGUGUCAGGCAGAAAAGGAGUAGUAACGUCCCCUGUGAAAGUGUCCCUCUCGCAAGUGCAACUACAAACAUGCGUGACGUGAAUGAGCAGGAGGGGGGUGUCCCCAGGCAGGGUGAAGCGGGGGUAGGGGAAGAAGGAGACGAGAAGGAAUCACCACCCGUUGGACAAAGUAACCGUGAGGAAGGCAGAAAAAAAACUCGACUUAUCACGCAACAAGUGACGUUAAGAGAAGGAGAUAAAAAUGGAGGUUUGGAGGAAGGGGCAGAAAAGCAAUUGUUGAGAAGGGGGCAGAGUGGACGGAAGGGCCUGCUACAGGUGAACAGAAAGGGAAGGUCUAACGAAGGAAGGACAGUUCAAAAAUGCCAAGUGAAGGGAAAGAAGGGGACAAAAUAUAAUACGCAAAAAAUGGACAUGGGCCCAGGCAGCAAAUUUGGCCAUCUAAUGACAAGAAAGGGAUUUACACGGAUGAGGGACUCUUGGGGGAGACUCAUUUGUGAAGUAGUUUCUAAGAGGGAAGAAAAAAGGGGGGGAAUUUUCUCCCCCGUGGUGAAGGUAAGGAAGACAGUCAAGUGGGCUCCCCACACGAAGGGUCAUUCACGCCAUGUGCGUUUCUCGCGAAUCGGCAGAAGGUUUUCCCCUUCCAUUCGUCGCAGCCGAUGCGCACGUAGCGGUUUCGAAGAGGUUUCAAAAGGGGGGGAAAAAAAAACCCAUGGGGGACAGAACAAAUCGAGCAAGUCAUCUCGCAGCUUGGUCGAUAAGUGCGUUUCGGAAGGGAAGGUUGACGAAGGAGGUGUGACCAUCGGCAGGGAAGACAACGUGGUGGGACGGGACAGCCCGGAGGGGCACGCAGCAGGCAGCUUCAAAUGGAAUGCGAUAAGUACAGAACAACACAGUGCCUCGUUAGGACCCCCCCCAGAUACAGCACCACAUGGAUGCCUCCAACGUGAAAAAAAUUCAUCAGCAAAUAGUAACCUUCUUAAGGAGGCACUUGAGACGUAUGUGAAGUCCCUUGACCUUUCCACCAGACGAAUCGACUGCAUUGAGGAAGAAAACACAGACUCAGUGACCAUAAUAGGAAUACAAAUUAAAGUGCGAGAUGAAUACAUUUACUUAAACCUAGACGCACUAAGUACCGUUGAAGAUAGUGUUAGGGUGUGGGUAGAACAGAACGACAAGGUCCUGAACGGUUUUGUAACAAGUAGCGAGUUAAUUUGCUCGACCCUGAAAUAUUACUGUGUCGACAUUUUUACCUUUGUGUGCAUUUUUUUGGAAGCCCUCGAAAACCAUAUAGAAGAGUUUCCUUUUUACCUGUCCAUUUCGCUUGAGGAUAUUUUCCGGAAGGGCGCAGAUGCAGAUGAUGCAGAUGAUGUAGACGAUGCAGAUGAUGCAGAUGAUGCAGAUGAUGUAGACGAUGCAUGCACUGUGCACCCCUAG